AUGGCUCCGUUGGAGAUCGAGCCAGCUUUACAUGAACAGUCAGGAUCAUUGGUUUUGAGUAAUGCAGACGAGUCAGAUCGUCGUUUCGCUAAUCUUAGGGGAGUUCGGUGGCGUGUGAAUCUCGGAGUUCUUCCGUCUUUUGAUUCUUCAAUCGAUGAGUUUCGCAGAGCAGCAGCUAAUUCUCGACGAAGAUAUGCUCUUCUCAGGAGAAGACUUUUGAUCAAUCCACAUGUACUCAAGGAUAAAUAUAAGUCCCUUAAUUUUAUCACUGACGACCCCUUGUCACAAAGUCCAAAUAGCACAUGGGGUCAAAUCUUUCGUAUCUCUGAGUUGGCAAAAACACUUGACCAAGACUUAUCAAGGUUAUAUCAAGAACAUUAUUGUUGUUAUUUUCAAACGCCUGGAUGCCAAGGAAUGCUGAGACGCAUUCUAUUGUUGUGGUGCCUGAAGCAUCCCGAGUAUGGGUAUAGGCAAGGAAUGCACGAGCUUUUGGCACCACUCCUUUAUGUACUUCAUGUUGAUAUCAUGCGUCUUUCUGAAGUGCGUAAAGACUAUGAAGAUUAUUUUACCGAUAGAUUUGAUAGUUUAUCUUCCGAGGAAAGAGAUAUAACGUACACUUAUGAUUUCAAUAAGUUCAUGGAUUCCAUGGACGAUGGGAUUGGAUCCCAGGGGUUUUCAAAGAAAAUUAAAAGUCUCGAUGAGCUUGAUCCUGAAGUCCAGUCCAUUGUGAUGUUGAGUGACUCUUAUGGGACAGAAAGUGAACUUGGCAGUGUUUUGUCUGAAAAAUUUAUGGAACAUGAUGCUUACUGUAUGUUUGAUGCUCUCAUGAGUGGGACUGAUGGUUGUGUCGCCAUGGCUAGCUUUUUUAGUUACUCUCCAACCAGCAGAUCCCACACCGGGUUAACUCCAGUUCUUGAAGCUUGUACAGCAUUGUUUCGUCUUCUAGAUGUCGUUGAUUCAUCUCUGCACAGCCAUCUAGUUGAACUUGGAGUUGAACCUCAGUACUUUGGUCUUCGUUGGUUGAGAGUUUUGUUUGGAAGAGAAUUUUUGCUUGAGGACCUCUUGUUAGUGUGGGACGAGAUAUUUUCAGCAGGGAGUAGUGCAGAAACGGACACAACUGAUGAGGAUAGUAGAAACCACAGCUUUGGGAUCGUUGAUUGUCCUCGGGGUACCUUAAUCUUGGGAAUGGCUGUUUCAAUGAUAUUAUAUUUAAGAUCAACCUUGCUUUCUUCUGAAAAUGCAACAUGUUGUCUACAGAGACUAUUAAAUUUUCCAGAGAUUACUGACCUGAAUAAGAUAAUACAGAAGGCUAAGCUGUUACAAGUUUUGGUUUUGGAUACUGAUGUACGAUCAGCUCUGUCAAUAAAUUGUGACUUCGACCAGAGAAGUUAUGUACAUGCAAGAACUAAAAGUUUUCCAUCCGGCUCCACUUCACCUAGUUCUCCUUUGAUUUUCGCACCUGAAAGCUAUUCGGAGAAGAAAUGGAGAGUUCUACACAAAGCCAAAGAAGAAGAAAGGCAAAACGUUUUGGAGAAACAGAGUCCUCCUACACAAAAGAAAAGGAUGUGGUUGAAAGUGACAAAAAUUUUCCGAGCGGUGACUAAUCUAUCACUUCAUAAGGCAGGUAAUGGGGAAAAGGAAGCAAACUCAUCUUCUCCAGUGACACGAAGUUUGCUUGAAGAUUUGUCUCAACAGCUCCUUCCCGAACUAGAGGAAGCUAAUAGUAUUGAUUGUCUUGUGACUAUGAACAAGGAAGAUAACUCUCCUCAAGAAACUGAAGAAGACAUUAUGGACUUUCAUUCUGCAGAUGAAGAGAGUAUUAUAAGUGGAAACUCCCACAGUGAGGAGAAUGCAUCCAUCUAUUCAGACCCUAUCAGUCCUAUCAUAGGUUCAAACUACCUUGAAAACGGUUCAGAUAGCAUUACUGGGUCCAAUUUGUUUCCUGAUAAAAGCAUAGGUUCACCUGUCUCCUCAGAACCAAUCAGUCCUGCCAUAGAUUUAAAUUACUGCGGAAAUGAUUUAAAUUGUAGUACUGGUUCAAAUCUGUUUCUUGAUGAUGAAAACUAUGAAGAUCCUCAAACAAGUGGAAACUCACCUGUUUCCAUAUCUCCUUGUCCGGAUAAUGAGUAUCCAGUAACUCAGUCUGAUGAAGACGAUCCCACAGAUAAAUAUGUGGGCAUUACUAAGGAGCACAAGCUUUUACAUGGAAUAGUCCAGUGGUUUCGGAAGUUUAAACGCACUUUUUACAGUGAGGAGAAGAUUGAUAUAAAUGCUUCUGAUGCCACAAAAACCAACAAUGUUGAAAUAGAAAAGAACCAAAUCAGUUGCUACUCUGAGUUCCACCCCCAAGCUUCAUCUUCUGGCCAAAAUAGAGACUCAGAUCAGAAUCUAUUGAAGACUCUGAAGAACCUUGGCCAGUCCAUGCUCAAACACAUUCAGGUAAUCGAGUUGGUUUUUCAACAACAACCUGGUAUAGUUCAGGCAGGAAUGGUAGGGAACUUAGCUAAAACCAAUUUGAUCGGAAGGGGACAAGUUACAGCUACAACAGCACUCAUGGAGCUUCGGAAAAUCAGUAAUCUGUUGUUAGAUAUGUGAGGUCUAGGUUCUCUCAUUUCUUUUAGCCAGCUCUGUACGUAUAUAUACAUUUUGAAAAUGUGCAGUAUAUUGA